GAGUAGAAGACUCCAGAACCCCGAUUUCCUUCCUAUUUCGGGACCCUCUCUUUCUAUAAAUACCCCCAUCCGCUAGCAGCUUUCAAUUCGUAAGCAAGCUCUGUUUCGAAUCUCCUGAAAUCCCUAGCGUUAGUUCAACGCAACUUUCUUUCUCUGUCUAACAUUCUUUCAAGCUUUGAAGAAUUUGUAGUAAUGGCGGAUGUUCAGAUGGCCGACGCUGAGACCUUUGCCUUCCAGGCAGAGAUCAACCAGCUUCUCAGCCUCAUCAUAAACACCUUUUACAGCAACAAGGAGAUUUUCCUUCGGGAACUCAUCAGUAACUCCUCUGAUGCUUUGGAUAAGAUCAGAUUCGAGAGUCUGACGGACAAGAGCAAACUCGAUGCUCAGCCGGAGCUCUUCAUCAGGAUCGUCCCCGACAAGGUCAACAAGACCCUCUCUAUCAUCGACAGUGGUAUCGGAAUGACCAAAGCAGAUUUGGUGAACAAUUUGGGGACAAUUGCGAGAUCGGGGACCAAAGAAUUCAUGGAGGCGUUGCAGGCUGGAGCAGAUGUAAGCAUGAUCGGUCAAUUCGGUGUUGGGUUCUACUCUGCUUACCUUGUUGCAGAGAGGGUCAUUGUGACUACAAAGCACAACGAUGAUGAACAGUACAUUUGGGAAUCUCAAGCUGGUGGGUCCUUCACUGUCACUAGGGACGUCAAUGGCGAGCAACUAGGCAGAGGGACCAAAAUCACUCUCUUCCUCAAGGAAGACCAGUUGGAGUACAUGGAGGAGAGGAGGAUCAAGGACCUUGUGAAAAAGCAUUCUGAAUUCAUUAGCUACCCUAUCUAUCUAUGGACUGAGAAAACCACUGAGAAAGAGAUCAGCGAUGACGAUGAAGACGAUGAACCAAAGAAGGAAGAGGAGGGUGAUGUUGAGGAGGUUGAUGAGGAGAAAGACAAGGACACCAAGAAGAAGAAGAAGAUCAAGGAGGUCAGCCAUGAGUGGCAGCUCAUUAACAAGCAGAAACCCAUUUGGUUGAGAAAGCCUGAGGAGAUCACCAAGGAAGAAUAUGCCUCCUUCUACAAGAGCUUGACCAAUGAUUGGGAGGAUCACCUUGCCGUUAAGCACUUCUCUGUCGAAGGACAGCUCGAAUUCAAGGCUAUCCUUUUUGUACCCAAGAGAGCUCCAUUUGAUCUUUUCGAUACCCGAAAGAAGAUGAACAACAUCAAGCUCUACGUCAGAAGGGUGUUCAUCAUGGACAACUGCGAGGAGCUCAUUCCGGAGUACCUUGGAUUUGUCAAGGGUGUUGUGGAUUCUGAUGACUUGCCACUCAACAUUUCUCGUGAGAUGCUGCAACAGAACAAGAUUCUCAAGGUGAUCAGGAAGAACCUUGUGAAGAAAUGCAUUGAGAUGUUCAAUGAGAUUGCGGAGAACAAGGAGGAUUACACCAAGUUCUAUGAAGCUUUCUCGAAGAAUUUGAAGUUGGGUAUUCACGAGGAUAGCCAAAACAGGGCAAAAUUGGCUGACCUGCUCCGAUACCACUCCACCAAGAGUGGUGAGGAGUUGACUAGCUUGAAGGACUAUGUCACCAGGAUGAAGGAAGGUCAGAAGGACAUCUACUACAUCACCGGUGAGAGCAAGAAGGCUGUUGAGAACUCUCCGUUCUUGGAACGUCUAAAGAAGAAAGGCUACGAGGUUCUUUUCAUGGUUGAUGCCAUUGAUGAGUACGCUGUUGGUCAGCUGAAGGAAUAUGACGGGAAGAAAUUGGUUUCCGCCACAAAGGAGGGUUUGAAGCUUGACGAUGAGAGUGAGGAAGAGAAGAAGAAGAAAGAGGAAAAGAAGAAGUCAUUUGAGGACCUUUGCAAGACCAUGAAGGAAAUUUUGGGAGACAGAGUUGAGAAAGUGGUUGUAUCUGAUAGGAUUGUGGAUUCUCCGUGCUGUUUGGUUACAGGAGAGUAUGGGUGGACUGCAAACAUGGAAAGGAUCAUGAAGGCACAGGCUCUGAGAGACAGCAGCAUGGGCUCAUACAUGUCGAGCAAGAAGACCAUGGAAAUCAACCCGGACAAUGGAAUCAUGGAGGAGCUGAGGAAGAGAGCCGAGGCCGACAAGAAUGACAAGUCGGUGAAGGACCUUGUGCUGCUACUAUUUGAGACUGCUCUCCUGACUUCUGGCUUCAGUCUUGAUGAUCCAAACACAUUCGCGGCGAGGAUUCACAGGAUGUUGAAAUUGGGUCUGAGCAUCGAUGAGGAAGAGGUUGGUGGCGAGGACGCUGACAUGCCGGCAUUGGAGGAGGAUGGUAAUGAGGAGAGCAAAAUGGAGGAAGUGGACUGAGGGCAGAAGCAUAAGCAGCUAGCAUCUAGGUAGUCUCUGUUGUGGAUAAGCAAUAUUUUGGUUGGUGUGUCUAUGUGGUUGGUAGUAAAGGUGUUUUGUCUUGCAUUUUGAGUCUCAAUAGGUCUGUGCGCAAGGCCUGUCUUGUCUUGCUUUUGGAGUCUUAACACCAUCUCUAUUGUAAUAUGGGUUCUGGUUUUCCGUAUUAUAGAACAUAUGCAUCUCUUAGUGCCAGUUCUGCAAGCUAAGGAUUAUAAUUAUUAUUAUUUAAUAUUUUGGUGUAAUUGAAGCUAUAUAUAGUUCAGUUUA